AUCGCUAUCACACGCUAAUUAUGAAAUUCUUUUUUUAACUCACUCCAAUUGAGCAGGGUUUUAGGACCUAUCUUCUUCUCGCUUUUCUCCCCUCGCUUCCCUCCGUAUCCGUUGCAUCGGCAGCUCAGACGAUACAAGAUUAAAUUUUUCACUCUUCUCAAUCCCGAAUUCAGUGUAAAGAUGUUUGUGUCUGGACUCACCGGUAAUCCAUGCUGUCUACGGAUACCAUUACAUGGCCCGAGGACUCCGUCUAGACUAGAUUCAGCGUUUCUGAAUGCUGAGGAACCUAUAGACAAUGUUAAAUUGCUUGGUCCCAAAAGAAGUUAUUUGGCUGGUUCUGUACAGAGAUGUAAUGUAAAGGAAACUUACUUGGUUAAAUGUGCAAUGGAUGCUUCCUAUGGUGGUGAUAUGACCAAUGAUCGACCAGUUGUUUUCCCAAGAAUCCAUGUAAGGGAUCCAUACAAACGACUUGGAAUAAGCAGGGAGGCUUCUGAAGAUGAAAUUCAAGCUGCAAGGAAAUUCCUUAUUAAUCAAUAUGGUGGGCACAAACCAAGUGUGGAUGCGAUUGAAUCAGCUCAUGACAAAAUAAUCAUGCAGAAGUUUUACGAUAGGAAGAACCCAAAAAUUGACUUCAAGAAAAAAGCUAGGGAAAUGAAGCAGUCUCGUUUUAUGCAGUUUGUCAUAAACAGGUUCCAGACUCCAUCAACAAAUGUUAUUAUUAAAUCGGCAAUUGCAUUUUUAGUACUGGGUGCUCUGACUUUUCUCUUUCCAACUGAAGAAGGUCCAACCCUUCAGGUAGCCAUUUCCUUGAUCGCUACUACAUAUUUUUUACAUGAGCGGCUGAAAAACAAAUUGUGGGCUUUUCUUUACGGGGUUGGAUCUUUUAUUUUCGCAUGGCUGUUGGGAACCUUCUUGAUGGUAUCUGUGAUUCCACCGUUGCCAUUGGUUAAAGGACCAAGGAGUUUUGAAGUGAUUACAUCAUUGAUAACUUAUGUGUUACUUUGGGUUUCAUCUACUUACUUGAAGUAGUGCCAGAUUCUAUAGUAAAAGCUCCCAAUACAAGGCUGCAAUUUUGUUGGAAUGGGUGUUAUUGAUAAGUGGGUCAUCAAUUGUGCAUUUUUGCUUUAAGCCAGAUCGUCUUUCUAACCAUAGCAAUGAUGCUUAUAGUGAGUGUUAGCUUUUUUCAAUGAGCCUCCCAAAGUAGGAAGAGAAGGUGUGUAUGACUGUUCUGUUGUUUUGCUAUCAAUGUAAAUGGAGGUGUAUCCAUCAUAUGGACAAGUAUUACAUUUCGUGUUCUUUCUCUGCAUUUUGUUAUAGAAUCGUCGUGGAAUAUGAGGAAUCUUUCUCCCCUAAUCAUGCCUGUGGAAAAUUCGUGUUGGGGGCUUAGAUUUUUUUUUAUCGAUGUAAGAGUUUUUGUCGACUUGUUCACUUAAGCUGUAAGGUGCUCCUGCAAUUGGUGGUUGAGGGUGGUCUAAUUUCGUUUUUUGUAGCCCU